AUGGGUGCAAGCGACUCGAAGCUUGUCUUCAAAAAGGGCAUCUUCAGGCUCAGUGGAGAGCGCAGCAUUGCUGCUGACGAUCCAUACUGGACCUCUUUCUGGGAGCUCCCCGAAUCCUCCGACGAUGUAUUCAGCCUGUUUGCCGCCGCGGACAUACGGCGCACGCGAGACCAUGCGAUCGAGAACCUCGAGACCUUGAUACUGGCCGUUACCUCGCGGCUCUUCAAUCUGCGACACCAUCCGUCCUUUCCCGACCCCGAGAUUGCCCCCGAGCGCGAUGCCCUCAACUGCAUCCGGGUUCUCACCAGGGUUCUGCCCUACAUCUACGAGGCCGCCAACCUGCACGAGUGGGAGGACCGCUUCUUCUGGGGCAUCCGGCGUAAGAAGACGCGGGAGUCGGCAAUAGCCAGUGAAGUGCUCUUCGACGACGACGAAGAGGAGGCAGCGAGGAGCAGGCGGUCAGAUGAGUACGAGGAGGUCAGGCCCUUGGCGGAAGAGCUCAUCGACACCCUUGUCGACCUGCUGUUCUUCUCCGAUUUCACCGUCUCAAAGCAACAACACGGCAAGCCCAAGGUCACCUAUGCGAUAUGGCAGAGCGGGGUCGGCUGUAACCAGACCGUUGCUACGACCAAGGAAUUUGAGAGCAACCGCAUCGAAGUGUUGCGCCUGCUACUCGCCAUCACCGGCCAGAGCCUGUACAUGUCGGCCGCAGUGCUCCCACAAAAUGGCACGAAAGCUCUUACGCACAUCUGCACUUGCUCGGACAAGCAGGUUGUAUUGUCUCUUCUCUGCUCGUUGCUGAAUACUACCAUGAAGUACAACCCUGCGAGUUGGCGAGUACCGUACAAUACGCUUGUCUUCAAGGACCCAAAGCAGAUCCUUGUCACCUACUCCUUGCAACUACUUCUUGUCACGCUUCUGUAUCCUGUUCCCGAGAGAAACGGCGAGCCGCAAAAGAACUGGUUCCGUCACUUUCUCGGACGGAUACACCGGCCGCAGGACUUCCAGUUCAUCGUUGACGGAAUGACGCGUAUCCUGAACCAGCCUCUGCAGGCUAAUGCUUCCUAUAUCCCCGGAACCCAGUCGUCCAUACGGUUUGCACCCGAAAUGAUAAUGUUGUUUUGGGAGAUAACGCAAUGCAACAAGCGGUUCCGCUCCUUCAUUGUCGACACCGAGAGGGCACACGACUUCACCAUCCUCAUUUUGUUCUACGCUCUCGAGUACAAGAGCGAUGCUUCAAAGCAAGGGGUCGUGAGGAUGUGUGCGUUCCUCCUCCAAACGUUGAGUGUGGAGAAGAACUUCGGCGUCAACCUCAACAAGCCGUUUGAAGCACAAGAAACCCUGCCUCCUGUGAUCCGCAUACAGGGCUUCAGGGGCAGCUAUGCUGACUUCCUCGUACAAUCCAUCUACAACCUCAUCACCACGAGCAAUGGAAAGCUUACAGCUAUCUACCCUGCUUUGUUGGCGAUUAUCAACAAUAUUGCUUACUACCUCGAGGGACUCAGUGUUGCUACCGGCGCAAAGAUGAUGCAGCUCUUCAAUUCGAUGUCUUCUCCCUCGUUCCUGUUGGCGAAUGAUACGAACCACACCCUUCUACGAUCAUUGCUCGAGUCUAUGAACUCCAUACUCGAGCACCAGUACAAGAACAAUCCCGAGUUCGUGGCGGCAGUCCUGCGAAACAGGAAACGGUUUGAGGCUCUUCGCAAUUUUACCCUGGAAAGUGGCCAGGAAGAGAUCGAGAGGCGCAAUCGACGGCGAAAGGAUGCUCGAGCUUCUUCAGACAUUGACUCCACCAGAAGUUCCGCUGAGAGCCUGAGGAGUCCAGUGACGGGCCAUUCUCGGCCACCAACACUCAGCAACGUUCCCGAGGAGGACGGCACAUUUACCAUUGGCGAUGACGAGGAUGACAGUGACGAAGAGCGUCCCACGCCCUCGCAAUCCGAUCCAAGCGAAAAUCCAUCACGGGCGUCUUCGGUGGUGUCGAACGUCGAGGACGCGGUCCCAACACAGCUCCGGGGCAUGUCAGAGAAGGCCAGGGGCAAGAUGCCGGCCGGCAUACAGAACUUCUCCAGGCAGAACAGCAUGACCAGCCUCAGCGGAUACUCCAUGUCUGGCCAGUCAAUGAACGGCCAAUUCGAGCCGACUCCGCAAUGGAUCGACAGCUGGCUUCCAGAACUACCACUGCACACCAUCCUGAGCGCGAUCCCGCAGGUAUCGGCCCUGGUGCCGCGGCAGGCGCUGAUCGCGGACCACGCUUCGCCCGAGACGCUUCGCAAGAUCAGCCAGGUGAAGCUAGUUGGGGUGGACCCGUCUCCGGUGCGGGUGCACUCGUUCGAGUGGUCGCCGCUGGCGCUGGGGUGGUACGAGUCCCUGAUCUGGAGCUUUAUCUUCAGCAGCGAGAUGCAGAUCUCCAAGGGCACGGUGGGCAUCUGGAACGGCACGGGCAUCAAGCUGUUCCGCGUGCAGGAGACGGCGCCCGAGGGCCCGACGCUGACCAGCCCCCGCGGGGCCGUCGACGCGGUCGGCAGCAACAUCGUCUCCAGGAUCGGCGCCAUGAACCUCCGGGGCCCCGCCCAGCAGGGCUACAGUCAGGUCGGCCAGGGCGCAGGCGGUGGCGGCAGCGGCCCCGCUGCGGGCGGCUCACCUAACCCGUCUGCGCGGAGUUAG